CCCAUUUCCAAUCUCAUUGUUCUAGAAAAUCUCAGAAAAUCUAAAGGAAAGUUGAUUGCGGUCUCGGUGAUCAGGUAUUACAGUCUAUGGUGCAGAGCAACAAAGAAUGCAUGUGGGCCACCCUUCCAGCCCAGCCGCUGUCUCCCGAUCCUUCCGAUUUACCCGAUCUAACAUGAACAUGACAAUAGCACACACUAUCGUCACAUGCAUACGACUAGACACGCAGAAUCAUCAUGAGCGCACCUUUAGAACAGAAUGGCUCAGGCCUAUUCAGCCUCCCAUGGGAAAUCAGAGAGAAAAUCUACGAGUACUACCUCUCAUUCGACCACGACGACUUUGGCGACACAGUCCGGCCGCUGCACGUCUACUUUGAGCAAGGGGAAUACAAAAAACCCCUGCCGCCGCUCAUGGUAACCUGCAAGCGCAUCUACCGCGAACUCCACCAGCCCGUCCACGCCGACGCCAUCAUGCGCGUGCACUCCCACGGCUACGGCGAUCGGCGCAUCGGCUUCGCCGUCCAUGGCACCCUGCGCUUCGAGCGCCUGCGGCGGCUGUACGUUCUCAUCGCCAUGGAGUAUCCUAACUGGAACCGGUGGCUGGCCAUAUUUGCUGAGGUGGCGCGGCGGGCGGAGGGCUUGGCGGAGCUUGUUGUUGAUUGGGAGCCGAGGCCGGGCCCGCCGAACCCGAAAGUGUGGGAGGCCAAGUUGACGGAGAAGAAGCAUGAUGAGUUCUUUGGGGUGUUGGCUGCGUUGAAGGGGUUGGAGGUUGUGAGAUUUUAUGGAGAGAUGCCGGAGGGGUGGAGGGAGAGGUUUGAGAGGGAGGUUGAUGCGAGGCUUGUUUAUUAUCGGUUUAAGUGGUGGAAGGAGACUGGGCUGGAGUAAGGGCAGGCAACAUUAAGAAGGAUGGAAACAUAUCAAAAGGCGUUUGAGGAGUUGGAAAUAAUGAGGCUACCUUGUACAGAUGCCAUAACACUAUUGAAUAGUUAAUAAUUAUCAGGCA